AUGAAAAAUCUUGAUUCAUCCUCCAACGAUGAAAUUUCAAAUAAUGAACUCGAUGAAUUUCGUAAACAAUGGAAAGCCGAAAUAUCUCAGCAAAAAAGGCAGAUAACUCAAGUACCUUCUGUUAAUUCGUCUAAAGUACCUGUUCAACUGUUAGAACAUUUGAAGGAGACAGAAGAAGAAGAGAUUAAUAAUUUUACUCCUGAAACAUAUGAUAAUGAGGAAAUUAAACGUAAUAAAGCUCUGGAAAUUUACGUUAUGGCAGUUACCAAAGAACAAGAAGGAAAUUUGAGUGAAGCUCUCAAGUAUUAUCGCCAAGCUUUAAAACUUGAUUCUCAUGUCGAUAAUUUGUAUAGAAAAUAUAUUCAAAAUACUGUAGCUGGUCAAAAACUUGGAGGUUUAGAAUUCUCAAAAAUUUUUUCCGAGCACUUGGAAGAGCAUAGAGAAGAUUACAUUAAUGGAAGUAAAAAUAAUUCUAAUUCGAUCACCCAAGACGAUAUAAAGAAAAGGGAUCGAAGAGGAUCGAGAUCAAAACCUCAAAAUUCUGACUCAAAAAAACGGGAUGAUGAAGACCAAUUGACGACUUUAAUUGAUUCAUUUAGAGAUACGCAACUUACAUUAGAACCACUUAUUGCGUACAAUCCUGUUUAUAUUGCAAAACUUCCUAAUGAGUCGAUAAUAAGCAUACUAGAGCAAUUGGUUAUGGAUGGAGAUAUUACUUCCCUUGAAAGAUUUGGGUUAGUUUGCAAGAAAUUCUUAUUAUUAUCGAGAGAACCUUCAUUAUGGAAAUAUUUGUGUGAAAAAGCAUAUAGAUAUCUAAACUUAGAAUGCAAUGAAUCAAAUAAAUUAUUAGCAAAAGACGUGGAAUUGUUAUAUGCUAAUGAUUGGAGACGGAUGUAUAUAGAAAGACCUCGUAUAAGGUUGGAUGGUGUAUAUAUAUCUACGUGUCAUUAUUUGAGACCUGGGGCCGCAGAAAAUGCCUGGCAUCAACCGAUUCACUUAAUAACCUAUUAUCGAUACCUUCGUUUCUAUUCGGAUGGUACAUGUAUAUUACUAUUGACAACGACUGAACCAAUCAACGUAGUAAAACAAUUUACAUCUGAAUACAAAUCAAAAGGAUUUAUGAAAGGAACAUGGGUAUUGAAUGAUGAUCGUAUUCUAACAAUAUCUGCUACCGAUCUGUACACUAGCAUAAAUAAUCAAACAGAUGAAUACACGGAAAUAGGUCUGAGAAACGAAAAGAACUAUUUAUUCAGCAAGGUAAAAAGCUAUACUAUCAUAUGGUGA